CUUGCCAGAACUGAGAUCGCCUUACACUCGGCACCGGAAGAAUGCUGCAGUGUACGCCCUGUGUGCCAUGCUGCACUGCUCCUCCUGCCGGCCCGCUCUAUUUGCAAGAAGUGUUGGCGGGGCAUCGGAAGCUCGUCCACCUGGCCUCUUGUCGACUGCCUGCCAUGUUGUACGAGCUCACCUGACGGCCGGCUGGUUGCAUCAUACCUGAUAGCCCCGGGGUUAUACCUUUCGUUGAAGGUACUAUAGGGUGACGAUACAUAGUAGGAGUUGGCGCAGCACCUCGGUCUGCACGAUCCUCCCUCCCUUCUCCCCGACAUCGCGUACAGCAUGAGGGUCGCAUCUCUUGCUGCUGCUGCACUCUGUGCUUGCCUUGCCACAGCUCAGCAGCCAUCGCUCGGCCUGUCCGAUGGCUUCAUCUCGUUUGACACUCCAACUUUCUCCGUCCAGCUCGUCAAAGAUUCGCAGACUCUGUACUCCCUGAAGCCUAAGAAUGGAUCUGGAUUCGACUUCAUACCUACGGACCAGAUGACUUUGCGGCAAUACAACGGAAACUACCACCUCGGAGACAUCACGUUCAGAGUGCGUGCGGUUGGCUCGCAGGCAUGGAUCGAAGGCGAUACUUCUGUCGCCCGCCACACUGUUACUCCUGGUAUCGCCUCAGGCUCCACGGUCGCUUCCUCUAAUCUUGCGCCUACGCUGCCUUCCUCUCCGUUGAACAUCACCCGGCGCUGGGUGGUCGAGAAUGGGACUCUGCAGCUGCUUUUCGAUGUUGCGAACGCUGCGAAUACUUCAGUCGAAAUUGGAGCUCUUGGUGCUCCUCUCGACCUGUUUGAUCCCUACAUUGGGCAGGACGCAGGUUACGUCCAGGUUACUCCGCUUCUCGGCACCCUGCCCCCUCUCGUGGUCACUCCGGUCGGCAAGUCGCCGCUCGAGGGCUGGCGUUUCCUGCCCGAGGCGACCAACACGCCGACAGCGUACCAGUCACAGACCUUCGAGGCCCUGUACGAGUGGCAAUUCCACACGCUCGCGUACGCAGAAAACGAGUGGGCGAACGCCACUCCGUGGAACGCGCCGUCUUCUGUGACGCUCGCCCCGGGCCAGACGCGCACGUACGGACUGCAAUUCAACCUUGCGCCGUCCAUCCGCGAGAUCGAGGAUACCCUGCAGGCCGUGGCGCGUCCGGUGGUCGUGGGCCUCCCGGGGUAUAUCCUGCCUAUGGACCAAUCCACGAAGCUCUUCCUCAGCUAUGCCAGCGCCGUCCAGAACCUCUCCGUUACGCCGGCCGGCGCGCUGUUCUGGACGCCGAACACCGACGCGCGCAGCGACGCCUGGGUCGGCUACACGCUGACGGGACACACGUGGGGCCGCGCGCGGCUGACGGUCGCGUACGCGGACGGCACGGUACAGACGGUGCACUACUACGUCACGAAGGCCGCGACGACCGUCAUCGCGGACCUCGGCAGCUUCCUCACGACCGAGCAGUGGUUCGACGAGCCGUCGGACCCGUUUCGCCGCUCGCCGUCCGUGAUCAGCUACGACCGCUCGGUGAAUGCCGUCAUCAAGGACGACGAGAGGGCGUGGAUUCCCGGGCUGAGCGACGAGGCCGGCGCGGGGUCGUGGCUCGCGGCGACGAUGAAGCAGUUCGUGCAGCCCAAUGCGCAGGAGGUCGCGAAGCUCGAGCAGUACAUUAACCAGACGCUGUGGGGAUCUGUACAAGAUUCAGACGGCAGUGUGAAGAUGUCUGUGUACUUCUACCAGCCAAGCUUGGUUCCCAACUACAGCUAUCCGAGCACCAUCGACUGGGGUAACUGGUGGUCCUGGGAUCAGGAAGCCUCCUUUGCGACCAAUCGUGCCUACGACUUCGUUCAUGUUACUGCGGCAUACUGGGCGCUCUACCGUGUUGCUCGUAACUACCCGUCGCUCGUGAAGGUUCAUACCUGGCAGUGGUACUUGAACCAAGCUGUCUUAACUGUCAAGCGCAUGACUGCUGGGGACGUUGGAUACGCGACUGAUGGCCUGAUGGAUGAGACCGUCAUCCGGUUUUUGUUAGCGGACCUCCAGCGGGAAGGUCUCACCGCGAACGCAAGCCUCGUUGAGAGUCGUAUGCAAACUCGGGCUAAGCUCUGGGCAACUGAGCGGUUCCCAUUCGGGUCGGAGAUGGCAUGGGAUUCCACUGGCCAGGAAGGAGUCUACCUCUGGUCUACGUACUUCAAUGAUACCACCACCGCCCAGAACGUGAUCGACUCCAUCAUUGCCUACGAUCCAACUGUGCCUCACUGGGGCUAUAACGGCAACGCAAGACGCUAUUGGGACAACAUCUAUGGCGGCAAGCUCAUGCGUAUCGAGCGGCAGAUCCACCACUACGGUAGCGGGCUCAACGCACUUCCGCUGAUGGCUCAGUUUGAGUUGUCCCCGACAGACUACUACCUCCUGCGCGUCGCCUAUGGCGGCCUGAGCGGCCCGCUCUCAAACAUCGACCAAGGUGGCUUCGCGUCCGCGUCCUUCCACUCUUUCGAAGACACGCUCGCGUGGGACGCCUACUCAGGCGACUACGGCCCGAACUUCGUCGGACACGCGCUCGGCAUUGGUGUCGUGCUCAUCGAGCACCCAGAGUUCGGGUGGCAGGCCCUCGGCGGCACACUCACGGCGAGCACGCCCACGGUGCAGGUGCAGGUGCUCGACUCGGUCCGCCGCCGCGUCUUCAUCGCCCCGCUCUCUGCGCGCCUCGACCUCGACGCCGGCGCGUUCGAGUCCUUUGUGUUCGACCCCACGGCGCAGACGCUCACAGUGACAAUCACGGCGGCGCCUGAGGGCGCGUCGGGUGCUGCGAGCGCCCCGCAAGGGCGUCUGGUCGUUACCCAGACCUCGACCGCUUCCGGAGCGCGGCUGCUGAAGCCGAGCGCUGGGCUGGUCCAAGAUGCGGGUGCUUGGGUCGUCCCGUUCAAGGAUGGGGCCGCCACUGUCGUUCUCUCCUGAUCGCAGCUAGAAUGUUGCACAUAAUUUUCUAGCAGCGUGAGAGAAGCGUACUCUUGCAGUUUGUGUAGUAUAAUGACGUGUCUGAGUUGCAGCAAAGAUUCAACAAAUAAAUUGUCACUGCCUCAAGGGAGGGCGGG